AUGGCAUCUCCCGUCUCCGUCUUCCGCGCCAACGCCACCGCCCUCAUCACCGGCGCAGCAAGCGGCGUAGGCCUUGCCGUAGCCAAACUCUGCGGCUCCCACUCCAUGAACGUCAUCCUCGUCGACUGGGACAAAGCGAAACUCGAGCAAGCAAAAGCAGCGGUGAAAACGAAAGGCUACGUCGAGGCGCACUCGAUCGACGUCUCCUCGCUCAGCGACUGGGACACGCUCAAGACGGCCGUCGAAAAGGACGGGCGCAAGCUCGACUUCCUGCAUUUGAAUGCCGGGAUCCAGUUCACGAGCGACUGGACGGAUUCCGCGUACUUCAAGAAGGUGUUUGAUGUCAACUUCUUCGGCGUGACGAAUGGGAUUAAUACCUUUUUCCCGCACUUCCAGGAUAAUCAGGGGGAGGCGAAGGCGAUUAUCGUCACGGGGAGUAAGCAGGGGAUUACCAACCCGCCUGGCAACCCGGUGUACAAUGCUACCAAGAGCGCCGUCAAGACUAUUGCCGAGCAUUUGAACUUCGACCUGGCCAAGUCUUCGCCUUCGACGAGCGUGCAUUUGCUUGUGCCCGGCUGGACUUUCACCGGACUCACGGCUCAGAGGGGCGUGACGGAGAAGCCGGCUGGUGCGUGGGCGCCUGAGCAGGUUGCCGAUUACUUGUACAAGAAGAUGAGCGAUGGCAAGUUUUACGUCAUCUGUCCGGACAACGAUGUUGAUUGGGAAACUGAUCGCAAGCGAAUGACCUGGACAAUGGGCGACGUCGUCUUUGAGCGCCAGCCGCAAAGCCGGUGGAGAGACGAGUACAAGGAUGAAGCGACCAAGACAAUGGACAAGAUGAAGCUGGGCAAGAACCAAAUCGAUUGA